AUGUUGCGAAUAUUCAUCCUAUCGACAUUUAUUGCAUUAACUUAUGGCAUAAAUUUGGAUUUUUUAUUAGCCAAUGGUCCAACGCAUAUCAGUUCAACAAACUCUUAUUUUAUUCCAUAUGGUGAUCCGAAAUCGAACUUAACAAUGAAAUUACUGCAAGUUGAUCCGUAUACUGGCCUUUGGGUCAAUAUUCUACGAGGACCACCCGGUGCUGUUUUAGGUACACAUAGACACUAUGAUCAGGUGUAUGGUUAUACAUUGAAAGGUGCAUGGGGCUAUCGAGAACACCCGGAAUGGUUAUCUCGAGCUGGUGAUGUUGUUCAUGAAACACCGGGAUCGGUUCAUACUUUGUUUAUUGAUGAUAAUCACGGUGAAACAGAAACGUUAUUUUUUGUUUGGGGUGCUUUGGAAUAUUUAGAUGAACACGGUAAAACCAAAGAAAUCGAAGACUGGAGAUCGAUUCUUCAGAAAUAUGUCGAUUAUGGUCAAAAGAAUGAUUUACCUAUUGUUGAUCUAACUUAUCCAAAAGAGAAAGUCGAAGACGUUCAUUUUCAUUCACAUGAUAAGAUUGACUUAUAA